CAUUUUUUGAUCAGCCUUUGGUACACAACUGUGCACUGCAUAGUCAAAGAAGAGACCAUAUUCGUCAACAUUAYCAUGGAAGUCGUACUGCUGUACGGUGCGUGCUCGGCUGCAGAAUCGCUGGGGAGGAUACUCUUCACAYCCGUCGCCACUGGAGRGCGCAGCGAAGGAGAUGUGGCAAAAGAGRAGGACAACGAUUCYUGCUCUUCGCUAUCGGCGAUUGGAAUAGAGGUGAACGCAAACGGAGACGCAACRGUUGAAACAACCACACGGGCAAACACAAGCGCAAAAAAGGCAACGAUCGAAGUAGAUGACGCAUCGGUCGUUCCGGUCUGUGAAGACGCCCACAGCUACGAUUCACCCUGGGGGAGGCUCAAGGCAAGGCGGAGGUCCCCGCAGAAAAAUCCGCACCCACCGCUCUCGAUGAUCGAUACCAUAGUGAUUCCCUCYCAUUCYGCUUCUUCCUCCACCGCGAGCACGAGCAGCUCCACGAUAUUUGAUUCCGCCGAUAGCAGCACGAGCGGCAGCAUCCACGAGAGCGUUGCCGAUUCAUUGCAACACACUGCGAGGCGGCCAUCGGCACCCUCGAUCGAGGUCACUCUUUGCACCGGCCGGUCACCGCAAUCCUCCUCCUAUGGUGGUUUGCCAACCCAUUCCCUUUCGUCCUCCUCGUUCUGCUCCUCUUCAUCCUCCGUCGUGUACCUCUCGAGUCCCCUGUCGUCGUCGCAGGACGCACAUCCAAGGCACAAGAUGUCCACCCAGACAAACAGUCGGYUUUUAGGUCGYACUUCUCGAAUACGAAGGGUCAGGGAGCUCCUAAAGGAAGACGUAGGACACCGGCAGCGGCGCAAGGAAAAACUGCUCGAUCGAGAGCGGUGCGAAAARGAUGGCCGAAAAAGCUCGAGGCRCCAGUCCAGAAAAGCGAUCCCCGGUCAGCAGAAUGGAUCUGCUAGCAGGUAGCAGGCAAUCCCGGGACGAACCCAAGUGCUACGCUAGCACCGGAUGCCACGGGAUCGYUGGUACACGAAACAAAACGAAAUGGUGCUCCUCUGCGAUUUCUCUUGUUACCUUUCUAUUGCUGUGAUAUUGUUGUUCCUACCACCCUUGCGAACAAUUAUUGAGUGCAACUAUUAUAUGUUAUAGACCACUUGGCUUCUUAAUAGAUUAAAAUAAAAUACAAUAC